AAGGGACAUUUCUAAGUCCUGAACGCGAGCCGCCGGCUAACUGCUUUACCAUAACCACCAAAACAUGGCAGCACAUUUGAAAAAGCGGGUUUACGAGGAGUUUUCUAAAGUGGUCCAGAUUCCCCAGGAAGAAGCUCCUGCCAAGAAGCUGCGUCUGUCCAAACCCAGCAAGUCUGCCGCCCUGCACAUCGACCUGUGUAAAGCCACCAACCCCACGGACGCGCUGCAGUACCUGCUGCAGUUUGCCCGUAAACCGGUGGAGGUGGAGAGCGUGGAGGGCGUGAUCCGGAUCCUGCUGGAGCACUACUACAAGGAGACAGAUAACUCAGUCCGGCUGAAGAUCGCCUCGCUGCUGGGUCUGCUGUCCAAAACACAGGGCUUCAGCCCCGACUGCAUCGUGGACGACGCCAUCAACACACUCGGCAAUGAGAAGUCCCACCAGGUCCUGGCCCAGCUGCUGGACACCCUGCUGGUCAUUGGGUCCCAGCUGCCUGAGAAUCCAGCUCUCAGAAUGAGGCUGACGGACGUGGCCUGCAAGCACCUAUCUGACACGUAUUUUGGUGUGAGGAACAAGUGUCUGCAGCUCCUGGGGUGUCUGGCCAUCAUGGACGCCCCUCUGAGUAAAGAGGCUGACGGGCCGAGCACAUCAUCAGGAGGCGUCAAGGAGGCUCAGAGGAUCAUCAGUGACUACUUUGCAGACCAGGACCCCCGCGUGCGCACCGCGGCCAUCAAAGCCAUGCUGCAGCUUCACGAGAGAGGAAUAAAAAUCCAUCAAAUCAUCUACGAACAGGCCUGCAGGCUGCUGUCAGACGACUACGAGCAGGUCCGCUCUGCAGCCGUGCAGAUGGUCUGGGUGCUCAGCCAGCUCUACCCGGAGAGUAUUGUCCCCAUCCCCUCGUCCAAUGAGGAGAUCAGGCUGGUGGACGACGCGUUUGGAAAGAUCAGUCACAUGGUCAGCGACGGCUCCUGGAUGGUUCGGGUGCAGGCCGCCAAAACGCUGGGUUCGAUGCUGCAGGUCAGCCAACACUUCCUGGAGCAAACUUUGGAUAAGAAGCUGAUGUCGGAUCUCAGAAGGAAGCGCACGGCCCAUGAAAGGGCCAAGGAGCUGUUUGCGUCUGGAGAGUUCUCCUCUGGCAGGAAGUGGGCCGACGACGCUCCGAAGGAGAGGCUGGACACGAACGCAGUGAACCUGAUCGCCUCCGGGGCCUGCGGAGCCUUCGUUCACGGCCUGGAGGACGAGAUGUUCGAGGUCCGCAUCGCGGCGGUGGAGGCGCUCUGCCAGCUGGCUCGCUCGUCCCCCAGCUUCGCCGAGAAGUGCCUGGACUUCCUGGUGGACAUGUUCAAUGACGAGAUCGAGGAGGUGCGGCUGCAGUCCAUCCACGUGCUGAGAGAGAUCUCCACCCACAUCACGCUGAGGGAGGACCAGCUGGACACGGUGCUGGCCGUGCUGGAGGACUCGUCCCGGGACAUCAGGGAAGCGCUCCACGAGCUGCUCUGCUACACCAACGCCUCCACCAAGGAAUGCAUCCAGCUGGCUCUGCUGGAGCUGCUGAAGAACCUCAACAAGUAUCCCACCGACCGCAACUCCGUCUGGAAAUGUCUGAAGUUCCUCGGGUCCCGCCACCCGACGCUGGUCCUGCCGCUGGUCCCUGAGCUGCUCAGCACCCACCCGUACUUCGACACGCCGGAGCCGGACAUGGACGACCCGGCCUACAUCGCUGUCCUGGUGCUGGUGUUCAACGCCGCCAAGUCCUGCUCCACGAUGCCGGCGCUGUUCUCCGACCACACGUUCAGACACUACGCCUACCUGAGGGACAGCCUGUCGCACCUCGUACCGCCGCUCAGGCUGCCGGGCAGGAAGCAGGUCUACAUCCUGGACUCGGUGGACUCCAGUUCUGGUUCUGGUUCCGUGGAGUCGGCCCAGCUCUUCCUGCAGCAGAGUCUCAACAGAGUCAGCACCAUCCAGAACCUGGAGACGCCCGGAGCUCAGGACCUGCUGGACCUGACCAUCCGGGACCUGCGGCGGCUCGGAGAGCUGCAGACCGAACUGGCCGGAGCCGCCGACUUCUGCGCGACGUACCUGCGCUGCCAGCUGCUGCUCAUGAGGGCGCUGCAGGAGAAGCUGUGGAACAUGGCCGUCCCGCUCUGCCUGAAGCAGAACGUCACGGCGACGGCAGCGGCCCAGCAGAUUCUGGAGGAAACCUACAAGCUGGAGUUCCUGUACAGCGGCCUGGAGGCCCGGCAGGUGGCAACCAUCCACCACGUCCGGCUGCAGGCCAAAGCCCUGCAGCUGAUCCUGACGGCCCGGACCAGAACCGGGUUGGACGUCCUCAUCAGCAGCUGUGAGAAGUUUCUGCAGGAUGUGGAGUCGUUCAAGAGGUUGUUCCAGGCGGAGCUGCCACACCUCCAGGACGGCUUCGGGGAGAAGCUGCUGGAGCUGAUGCCGCGGCUGGCGUCCUGUAAGCCGGUGGAGCUGGUGAAGAUCCUGCAGACGACGCUGCGGCAGAGCGGCCUGCUGCAGCUGCAGCUCCCCGAGCAGAUCCACCGGGCCACCGCCACCAUCAUCGAGCCCACGGGGGAGUCGGACAACCCGCUGAAGUUCACGUCGGGCCUGGUGGUGGCGCUGGACAUCGACGCCACGCUGGAGCACCUGCAGGACCCGCAGAACACGGUGAAGGUGCAGGUCCUGUACCCCGACGGCCAGAGUCACGUGAUCCACCCUAAACCUGCAGACUUCAGGAAGCCGGGGCCGAACCGCCACAGACUCAUCACGCAGGUGUACCUGUCGCACACGGCCUGGACAGAGCCCUCGCAGGUGGAGGUGCGGCUCCUGCUGGCCUACAGCUCCUCCUCCGCCUCCCUCUCCCCCUCUUCCCCCCACAAGCUGGGCUGGAGCGACAGCAUGGACGGCCUGCCGCCGCCGGAGGCCGCCGUGGAGGGAACCAUCCCCUUCAGCAAACCCGUCAAGGUCUUCAUCAUGCCCAAGCCCACGCGGCGCUGACCCGGGCCUGACGGGAGCUCCGGGGUCGCCGUCGCCCUGGAAACGCUCAGAACUGUUCAAGCGUCAUCGGUGAUAUUCAUGCACCUGGCAGCUGUUUGUUACACAGACUCCAACCCGAGACUCUGAUGAGAUUAAUUUCAUGUUUUUUUAUUAGCAGCAAACGAGCAGAAAUACAUUUCCACCCUGUAAAAAGUGCUUUCAUUAGAAUAACCUCUUUUUCUCGGAUAAGAACGAAGCCAAGAGAUUUUAUCACAUCAACGCAUCUAGGAGGAACCUUUAAGGUCUCAGGACAAACAGAGAAGCUGUUCAUGCAACAGUUUAACCUUCAUGUAAAUAAACCUCGACAAGCCUGUGAAAUGAUGCUCUCAGUGGGUUUGAAGUUUCUCCAAGAACCUUUUUAUUCUUCUUAGUCAAGUAACUUGUGUGUUUUCAUAUAUUCUCCCUGAAAGUCGUCAUUUAAAAGGUCUCUGAGCAAAGCGGCAGCUCUUAUAGAGAUUUAAGCCCUCCCGAACAUUCAGAGGUCUCUCUUUCAGGACGUGUCCACGCUUGUUCAGAUUUUCUGAUCUGGACAGAAUCAGAAGUUUAAUCCUGGUUUUCUAGCAUC